CGAGAUGAAGCGAGAACUCUCUACUGAGGAAAUCCUCUACCCUCUGGGGACACUAUACCCCCACGUCGUGGCUCUCCAGCUUCAGACCGACGAAUACCCAUGGUGCAAGGCCAACAACUACACGGGCUACGACAGCUCCUCCACGGACGAGUACUCGGAGGAUUUGUCGGCCAAAACAACCCUACGCAGGAACAGUGGUAUGUGCACACGUCCUUUAUCUCGCGCCUCAGAUUUCAAACCCAACCAGUCUGACCUGUCAGACGGGGUGCAUAUGAGCCACGCUAACGUCUGCGCAGACUCCACAGCCUGCCGCUUGGUGUCACGAAUCCGACGACUGCUCAGCCGCGAUGAGCUGAGACGACGCCGUCAAGCCUGAACAUCCU